AUGAUGUUAGUAUUUGAAUUGCCAUUCGAAGUCCUUGUCCGCAUUGCGAGUCUUCUAUCACUCGAAGACAAAUUAUCAUGCACGGCCGUAUGCAAAGCUUGGAAACCACUGUUCCAAGAGUCAUUGUGGGAUACCCUCUAUAUUCAAAAUGAGAGAAAGCUGAUAGAUAUAUGCUAUUCCACCGCCUCACAUAAUUGUAUUUACCCGGAGAACGGCAGUCGAGUGAAAGAAAUAUACAUGUCAAAAGGACUACUUCCAAGCAUAGAAGAGAUAAUGGUUAUUCAACGCAUGUUUCAUAAUACUGACUUACUCUAUGCUCCAUUAAGGGUAUUGGGGUCCCCAGAUAUUCAAAAGUUCACGGAGUCGUAUUCCUGGAAAUCAUUAACAUGUUUGGAAAUCAUCAUUGACGGUUUUGACUCCCCGGUAGAAAGAAUCCCGAGUUUCAUAAAGGCCACAGCAUACCUACCAUGUCUGACGAGGCUAGAAUUUGUCAAGAACUACACUGAAUCAUCAUUGAUUUACACAAUAAAUGAUAUCGAAGAUCUACACUCAAACCUACCGCACUUAAAAUAUCUGUCUUUGAAUGGAGGGGUGUCCGAUAUUACCACAAACAACAUGAUUAUCUUUUCACACAUUAUUCCAGCAAAGUGUCUUACGGUCGCAAAACUUGAUUUGGAAAGCAUGGAUAUUGUGUGGCUGUACUACUCUAUGUGCAAAUACUCGAAUAUUAAGUCUCUGCAUUGGAAUAUCAGCAAAAGCCUAAUUGCCCAAGACGAUUUUAUAGACUACAUCAAUAUCCAGAUUAAGAAGAUUCCAAACCCACUAAAGUAUAUGAAUACACUCGUAAUCAAAGACACUUGGUGUAAUGAAGAAACCUACGAGUAUUUAUACAAGCUUAUAUCUUACCACAAGCCACCAAUCAGUCAUAUCAAAUACAGCAAAUGUAUUACAUAUCACACAGAAAAUGAACUAUAUUUGCUUUCAGACAAUAUCCGUAAUCUUGUAGGUGCUUUCUCACAAAGCCUGCAGAAGAUUGAGAUCACUACGAAUGCCAAUUUUUCUGAUAUAAACACCAUUAUGAAAGAACUUGGAAGCUGUCCAGAUCUUGUUGAACUACACUUAAGCCUAUCAAAUACCCUGAUUGAUAUCGAUGUUCUCCUGAAUCAUUGUGUGGGUCUCAAAAAAUUAAAGCUUUCCGGAAAAAGAGUCUUUAUAUCCUCAGACGUGCCCGAAAACACAACGCCUCAUGGACUGUGCCUACUAGAAGUUUCCAGGACAAUAGCCAACACGAAUUUAUUUUACUAUAUUUCGUUCCGAUGUAGACAUCUAAAGUACAUGCACCUAAACUAUAUGAACGUAUUUGGAACAUUUACUAAAUCAACAAGAGGCAUUGUUAUAAAUAUGCCUCACACCCACCUUCAGCUACUACUGCUCAACUGUGUCUCGUUCUGCACAGAGCAUGGCAGCGAGUAUUCUAACGAAGGUGCGGUUAAUCUAAUGACAUCUAUGAAACCGCGAAUUAUUGUUCGACAAACAAACUUAAUGACAAGGCUGCAGCACUCGGAUGCCAGUUAUCAAAAAUCAGAUCAAGAAAAGAAGGUUCAACUUCAAAUAUAUUGGACUCCAAUAAAACAAAGAGACGCGUUAAAAGAAGUACUAUCAAGAAGAAGGGAACCAUUGUAUUCACACGAGUACUCCAAGCUACUAGAUAUUCAACCCACCAACAGCCGCAGAAAAUCGAGUUGUUUCUUUUAUCGUGCGCAAAUGAUUUUUAAAUUUCUGCUGUGUGGAGCUCUUUUUUUUAUGAAUCAAGACAAAAGAUCAGUGUCUAGUAAGAUGAAAUUGGAAAUUAUAGAACAUAGUCUAAACUUCGCUCAUUUUGAUUACAAGCGAAUUCAGUCAUUCAUAAACCAAAGUUUUAAAAAGAAUUUGAAAUCUAAUAUUUCUUACUCCUACCGUUACUUUUGUUUCUCUGGGAAAACAGCCUGUCGAAACGAAUCAUUGACGUUCCUUUGA